AUGGAUAUUUUAGACUUGAUUCUGACCAACAGGGAGCACUUGGUAGUGAAUCCGAAGGUGAAAGGCAGUUUGGAUGAAAAUGACCCUGAAAUGAGUUUUCAUGAUUCUAAGGUAGAGCACAAAGAAUUUCAAAGAGAGAAGAACAGAGACACGGGGACAGAAACAUGCCAUGAACCUCUUUGUGACUUGCUUUUGGUUUCAAGUAUCAUUGUACUAAUGCAUAUGGUAUUUGGAUGCCCCGAAAAGUGCCUAUGUCAUCAAACUUCAAAGACAGUGGACUGCAGGAAUCAAGGACUUGUUGAAAUUCCCUCCCACAUACCUCCUGAAACUCUAAUAUUACAGUUGCAGAAUAACCAUAUUUGGAGAAUCAAUCAAAAUGCAUUCAGUGAAACCCCUUUGCUCAAAAUUUUAGACUUAUCUAAUAAUUCUGUUUCAAAUUUGUCAUCGGGUGUUUUCCAAGGACUACGAUACCUACAGGUUCUAAACCUAACCAAGAACUUGAUUUAUUACCUAGAAAACAAGACUUUCAGUUCCCUCCCUCAAUUAAAAGAACUGGAUUUGUCCUCCAACAGUAUAUUAAAUUUGCCUGAAACUCUAGGAAAUAAUACAGGGAAUAUAACUUUAUUGUCUGUUAAGUAUAACAAGCUUCAAAGACUGGACAGAAUUCUGCUGGAAUCCCUCCCAAAUCUGAAAGUUGUUCUUUUCAAGAAUAAUCCAUGGGAAUGCACUUGUCAUGUCAUUGGCCUUAAACUGUGGCUAGAGAGCUUUUUAUACAGAGGAGGAAUAAGUGAUGGCAUUAUAUGCUCAACACCAGAAAAUCGGAAGGGAAAGGACCUCCUCAAAGUUCCUUAUGAGAUGUACGGGACAUGCCCUCCCACAGCGGCUCAGGUUCAUCUGGCUAAUAUUCAUCACCAUAGCUCUGAGCACAGAAGUUCUCUGAAGCACACUCAUCACAAUGAAAAUGGAGAAAGUAGCCAUUCAGACUGCGAACCUAAACCGAAGCCAAGGCCAGUUAGUUUGCGUCAUGCAAUCGCCACUGUAGUAAUAACUGGAGUUGUCUGUGGAAUCGUGUGUCUAAUGAUGUUGGCAGCUGCUGUGUAUGGUUGUGCCUAUGCUGCAAUUACUGCUAAAUACCACAGAGAACACUUGGCCCCAGUAACAGAGCUGGGGAGUCCUGAAGAAAAAGAGCCAUUUGAUAGUUCCUUGGCUUAAGUUACUUUUGGUCUUUGGUUUCACUCAAGUACAGCACAGGGAGUGACACUUCAAGUUUCCCCACAAUGCCUGAUUACAGGAUUUGUGAACUUGGUGAAAAUGUCAGUGCAGAUUUCAGAAGAUGAAACUCAGUUCAAUGC